AUGGGAGUUAUGGCUACGAAUGAGACAAUAGUAUUGGAAACGUUGACGAGGGAGAGGUAUUCUAAGAAGGCCAAGGGAAAUAAUGGGAGUGAGAUAGCGUUAGAAUCUAUUACGCCUGAUUCAGGAGAUGAGUUUCCGGAGGAGCAUGAGCAGGAGGGGGAUUAUCAUGAGACGGAGGUUAAGAGGGCGUUGAAGGCUCGUCAUAUUUCGAUGAUUGCACUCGGAGGUACGAUUGGGACGGGUCUUUUUAUUGUGAUUGCAUCACCACUAAGAACGGCAGGGCCGGUUGGGUCUUUGAUUGCGUAUAUAUUCAUGGGGACGGUUGUAUAUUCUAUUACGCAGUCUUUGGGUGAGAUGGCGACGUUCAUUCCGGUGACGUCGUCGGUAACGGUAUUUUCCAAGAGGUUUUUGUCGCCUGCUUUUGGAGUUGCAAAUGGGUAUAUGUAUUGGUUUAAUUGGGCAAUCACUUUCGCGGUGGAGCUUUCAGUUGUUGGUCAAAUCAUCAACUAUUGGACAAGUGUGGUACCUCUUGGGGCGUGGAUCACCAUAUUUUGGAUAAUCGUCACUCUGUUAAAUUUUUUCCCGGUGCGGUUCUAUGGUGAGAUUGAGUUUUGGAUUGCAUCCGUUAAGGUCAUCACUAUUGUCGGGUAUCUGAUUUAUGCUUUCAUCGUUGUUUGUGGUGGUUCGUCUCAAGGGCCAAUCGGGUUUAGAAACUGGAGGAACCCUGGUCCCUGGGGUACUGGUGUGAUUUCGAGCAAUCAGACCGAGGCUAGGUUUUUGGGCUGGGUUUCUUCUCUUAUUAAGGCGGCGUUUACCUACCAAGGAACCGAGCUAGUUGGGAUUACUGCUGGUGAGUCGAAGAACCCCAGAAAGACCGUUCCAAAGGCCAUCAACAAGGUAUUUUUCAGAAUUUUGUUCUUUUAUAUCUUGUCGUUGUUCUUUGUUGGUUUGUUGGUCCCAUACAACGAUCCUCGUAUGGAUAACACUUCUGAUACCGAUGUGAAUGCUUCACCUUUUGUGAUUUCGAUCAGGAAUGCUGGUACUAAAAUCUUACCGGAUAUCUUUAAUGCCGUUGUAUUAGUGACUGUCGUAUCUGCAGCGAAUUCUAAUGUCUAUAUUGGUUCUCGUGUGAUUUACUCAUUGGCUCAAUCGGGAAAUGCUCCAAAACAGUUUGGUUAUGUUAAUAGACAUGGUGUACCAGUGUUAGGAGUUAUGGUUACUGCGCUUAUGGGUUUAAUGGCAUUUUUAGUUGUCAACAAUAAUGCCAAAGCUGCCUUCAAUUGGUUGGUAAAUAUCUCUACGUUGGCAGGAUUAUGUGCAUGGCUAUUCAUAUCUUUAGCGCACAUUAGAUUCAUGCAAUGUUUGAAGCAACGUGGUAUUUCGCGCGAUGCCCUACCUUUUAAGGCUAAAUUUAUGCCUUGGGCUGCCUACUAUGCUGCAUCUUUCGUCUUUGUGAUUAUAUUCAUCCAAGGAUAUACUGCAUUUUCCCCUAAAUUUGAUGUAACGCAGUUCUUCACUGCCUACAUUUCCCUGAUGUUGAUGCUCGUCGUCUUCAUCGGUUGCCAGAUUUACUACAAGUGCAGAUUUCUAUGGAAACUUGAAGACAUUGAUAUCGAUACCAAUAGAAGAGAGAUCGAUGCCAUAGUUUGGGAAGAUGAUGAACCUAAAAAUUUGUGGGACAAAUUUUGGAGCACUAUUGCUUGA